AGAAUCAAAACAUCUCUAGCAGUUUAUUUGUAGAAGAUGAUAGGAAUUGCAGGUUUCUACCUUUCAUUAAAAUGCACGCUUCAUGUUCCUCGCUUCCUCCUCUUUGGACCUCCUCCUCCAUCGAUGCGCCACCCCUCGCCAAGCUCAGCAAAUCCAUGCCCUUAUCCUCCUCACCGGCCAUCACAACCACUCUCCCUUCCUCUCCGCCCGCCUCAUCUCCCUCUACUCGCACCUCAACCUCCUCCCGGCCGCCAUCUCCCUCUUCCUCUCCGCCCCCUCCCCCUCUUCCUCUAUCUUGUGCAACUCCAUCCUCCGUUCCCUUCUCUGCCAUUCACAACCUUUCCAAGCCAUUUGCCUCUACCGCCGCGCUCGCUCUCUCAACGCCAUUCCCGAUGGCUUCACCUUCCCCCUCGCUAUCCGUGCCUGCACUUCUCUUACCGAUUCUUCCCUCUGCGUCGCCGUCCACGCCCAGGCCGUCACCAUGGGCUUCGGUAACCACCUACAUGUUGCCAACGAGCUGGUCUUGUUGUACGGUCAUCGGGGGCAAAUGGACCUUGCACGCAAGGUGUUUGAUGGAAUGCGUGUGAGAACAGUGGUCACUUGGAACAUUCUUGUUUCGGGAUACUCACAAAACCGCGAGUGGGAUAAUGCGCGCAAGGUGUUCGACGUUAUGCGAAGAUCAGGACCGACGCCCAAUUCGGUUACUUGGACGUCUCUGUUAUCGGCCUAUGCCCAGUGCCAAUGCUAUAAUGAGGUGGCUGAUGUUUUUGAUGAGAUGAGGGAGUGUGGUUGUGAGGCUACUGCUGAGGCGGUGGCUGUGGCUUUAUCUGUUUGUCCUUAUGUAGGUAGCAAUGGUGGCCGUGAUGGGUUGGAGAAAGGGAAGGAGAUUCAUGGCUUUGUUGAAAGGAGCGGCUUUGAAGGGUUUUCUUUUGUGAGGAACUCACUUGUAUGCAUGUAUGGGAAGCUUGGGAACAGUGGUGACGCAGAGAAAUUGUUCUCUGAGAUGGAAAUGAGGGAUUUGGUGAGUUGGAAUGCGCUGAUCUCAAGCUAUGCUGCUUCUGGUUGCUGUGACGAAGCAUAUGAGGUGUUUUGCAGGCUGCAGGAAGCUGGAGAGCCUAAACCAAGUGUAGUGAGCUGGAGUGCGGUGAUAGGAGGUUUUGCAUCCUGUGGAGCGGUGGAGAAAUCUGUGGAACUUUUCCGGCUUAUGCAGAGAGCUGGUGUUAAGUAUAAUGCAGUAACUCUGGCCACUGUUUUAUCUGCAUGUGCUGAGCUAUCGUCAUUUGGCUCAGGUAGAGAGAUACAUGCUCACACCAUACGAAAUUUGAUGGAUGGUAACAUAUUGAUACAGAACGGGCUGCUCAACUUGUACACAAAGAGUGGUGGUCUCAACUAUGGAUGUUUGGUUUUUGACAGAAUAAAAGGUAAAGAUUUGAUCACUUGGAACUCCAUGAUCAAUGGCCAUGGGUUGCAUGGAUCAUGCGACAAAGCUCUCAGCACAUUCAGAAGCAUGGUUGCAUGUGGGUUGGAGCCUGAUGGGAUCACAUUUGUUGCAGUUCUCUCAGCUUGUAGCCAUGCAGGGCGAGUCACUGAGGGGCGAAAAGUGUUUGAUUUAAUGGUUCAUCAGCAUGGAAUUUCACCUGGUUUGGAGCAUUAUUCAUGCAUGGUGGACCUUCUUGGGCGAGCUGGGCUGAUAAGAGAAGCGAGUGAGCUUGUAGAGAAUAUGCCUAUGAGACCCAAUGCUUGUGUUUGGGGAGCUCUGUUGAGCUCCUGCAGGAUACAUGGGAAUGCAGCCAUGGCGGAGGAUACAGCUUCAAGGAUUUUGGGGCUUGAGGAGGAGACUUCGGGGAUCCGCAUGUUGAUCUCUAAUAUAUAUGCUGCAACUGGGAGAUGGGAGGACUCAGCGAGGGUGAGGGUGAUGACAAGGGAGAAAGGGAUCAGGAAGAACCCUGGCCAGAGUUGGAUUGAGGUGAAUAAGACUGUUCUUGUGUUUUCAGCUGGUGGUUCAUUGCCUCCUGGUGCAGAGGGAGCUUAUGAUGUAUUGGAAGAUUUAAAUAUGCAGAUGGAGACUGAGAACCAAGUGGCAAGUGACUGGUUUUUGUUGGAUUGGGCAGAUGAAGAAGCAUAAUGGUAUGAAGAUUUUGUAUUCUUUUAAAUCUACAGAGAUAAGAUUGCCGUUUGAAGAGAAUUUUAGAAGUAUCUCAAGACUUCAUCUCUUUCAUAGGAAGCAAUUUCUAAGCUUGAGGGAGAUGAUAGUUUAUUGAGGUCAGAGGGAGAUUUUAUGAGCAUAAUUCCCUUUUAAUCCUGACAACAGCUUAUCUUAUAAGAAGUUAAGGGUAUCGUUAACGAAGACGCCGGAGGGUAGCACCGGAAGAACAAAAAACUCAAUGGAACAGUAGAAAACUGUAGAAAGUUUUAAUGAUCUUCUAUCUCUCUUCUCUUCAACUACAGCUAUAUGCUCUUAGCAGCUUAAGAUUACUAAAUAAAGUUAAACAGGGAAUUAAGAUAA